AUGGACCAGCCAUCCCUCCUCAAGCGAUAUAGGCCGUACUACCGGGCAGGGGAGAUUGAGCGCAUGUCGGCCAGACAGAGGGGCAAGCUCAGUAUCGCGCGGGAGGAGCGGAUGCGGCAGCAGGCCUGCACGUUUAUCGACGCGGUUGGGGUACGGUGUGGAUUUCCGCGCCGCACGAUCGCAACAGCCCAAACCCUCUAUCACCGGUUCCAUCUAUUCUUCCCCUACGCCGAGUUCCACUACAUUGAAGUCUCCCUAACGACCCUCUACGUCGCCUGCAAGCUCCACGACACGCUCAAGAAACCACGCGACAUCAUCUUGGCGAGCUACGCAUUACGUUUCCCGCACCUAAUCCGCAAAACCACUGUCGACAUCUCCGCCGUCGACCCGGCCACUUUGGAGGCCGAGAGGCGGCGCGUCCUCUCAGUCGAGCGGCUCGUCCUCGAGACGCAGUGUUUUGCGUUUUCCGUUGCAGUGCCCUUCACUUAUGUGGUCAAGAUUGGGCGAAACCUCGGAUUACCAGCUGACGAGGUACGCUCGGCCUGGAGGGUGGCUGUGGAUGCGCAUAGGACUUUUGCGCCACUGAGUUAUCCGCCGCAUGUCAUUGCCCUCGGGAGUAUCUAUACUUCUGCGCUUCUGGCUAGCGAGAGCACUUGUCCCCAUUCACGGAAGGAUAGCACUCUCAUCCUCGGUUCCGAGGGGCCAUGGCAAAAUCAAUAUAGCGCCACCGCUGGAGCGGUCGAUGAAGUCGCGCACGCACUCCUCGACUUGUACACUACUAUUUUGAGUACCCCGGCUUCCGAUCCUUCGCUCCAGCUCUUCUCGCCUUCACCGGUUUCGCCAAGGGAGCCGUCCCGCUCUACCCGGCCAUCUCCCGUUCCCGCUAGUGUGGGAGGGACAGCAUAUAGAUUGGCCCCGAAGUGGACGCCGCAGGCGCUUACGGAGCUCAAGAUCCAUCUUCGGGAACGGAGGCCGGGUGAGAUGCCGUGGGACGAGGAGAGCGAUGGCGAGGGCGUUGAGGGUAUGGGCCGGAGCGACGCGACGGUGCGCUUUGUGUGGGACUAG